AUGGGGCCCGGCAAGAAGAACCUCAAGGCGACGAAAAAGUUCGAAAAGAAGCACCUCAAGGGUGUCCUCGACAAGAGAAAGGCAAGCGCCAAGAUCAAGCAGCGCCACCAAAUCCAAGAGAAGAAAAAGGCGAGGCGCUCCAAGGAUGCCGAGUUUUACAAGGGGUCCAAGGAGGGCGAGGAUGGCGAGCGCAAAAAGCCCGUUGGCUCCAAGGCAAAAAAGGUCAAUGAGAUGAGCGUCGACGACUUCUUCCAGGGCGGUUUCGACGACAUCAUCGGCAGCGAGGGCGGAGAUGCGAAGGCCAGCAAGCCUCGCAAGCGCAAGCGUGGCGACCCCGCCGACCAAGACGCGGAUGCAAGCGACGACUCUGCCGUGUCGGUUACCGAGCAGCCGGUCGUCAGCGAUAGCGACGACGAUGACGACGACAACGAGCUGGGCAUGAGCAAGGAGACAAUGACUGGCCUCGCCGACAAGGACCCCGAGUUCUUCAAGUUCCUCCAAGAAAACGACCCCGAGGCCUUGGACUUUGACGAUAACGCGGACCUGGCCGAGGUCGACGAGCUCAGCGCCGGCGACGAAGAGUCGGAAGGCGAAGAGCCGCAGAAGAAGAAGCGGAAGAAGGGCAAGGCGGCCGGGCAAGAGGCUGAGCAGAGCAAUCAGCUGACCCGUCCCAUGGUGGCUUCGUGGCGGAAGGCAAUGGCAGAAAAGCAUUCGCUCCGGGCAGCCAGGCAAGUCGUCCUGGCGUUUCGCUGUGCGGCCCACCUCAACGAAAAUGACGGGGACGACGACAAACCGGCACGGUGGACGAUUGACAGCCCUGAAGUCUUCAACGACGUCGUGGUCCUGGCGCUCAAGGAGAUCCCCGUCAUCAUGAACCACCACCUGCCGGUCAAGGAGUCUGCGGCCGGAAAGGUCUAUGUGCAGAUGGAGACGAGAAAGUUCAAGACGCUGUCGUUGCUACUGAAAUCCUUCACCUCGUCCAUCUUGCACCUGCUCGGCACGCUGUCAGACGAAAAGACGCUCAAGCUGACGCUGUCGUCCAUCACGCCGAUCCUGCCCUACCUGCUCUCCUUCAGGAAGCUGAUUCGGGCUCUGGCAAAGGCCGUCGUCAACUUUUGGGCCCAGCCCGCCAGUGGUGAGACGACUCGCAUCACUGCCUUCCUGGUCCUGCGGAGACUCGUCGUCAUCGGCGACAAGGGCAUCCGCGAGGCGGUGCUGAAAACCGUAUACCAGGGCCUUGUCCAGGGCUGCCGCGUCACCAACCACAACACCAUCCAGGGCAUCAACCUGAUGAAGAACUCGGCUGCGGAGCUCUGGGGCAUCGACCAGGCCGUCGGCUACACCACGGCUUUCACCUUGAUCCGCCAGCUGGCGAUCCACCUGCGGAACAGCAUCGUGCACAACAAGAACGAGUCGUUCCGCAUGGUCUACAACUGGCAGUUCACCCACUCCCUCGACUUUUGGUCGUGCGUCUUGGCCGAGCACUGCAGCCCGCUCAAGGAGGCCGAGGCCGGCAAGGAGAGCCAGCUCAAGCUCCUCAUCUACCCGCUCGUCCAGGUGACGCUCGGCACCAUGCGCCUCAUCCCCACGUCGCUGUACUUUCCGCUCCAGUUCCACCUCGUGCGCGCCCUGCUCCGCACGUCGCGCGCCACCGGCACAUACAUACCGCUGGCGUCGCCCCUGCUCGAGGUGCUCGCGUCGGCCGAGAUGAAGAAGCCGCCCAAGGCCGGCACCCUCAAGGCCUUUGACUUUUCCGUCGCCUACAAGGCCCCCAAGGCGUACCUCCGCACGCGUGUCUACCAGGAUGGCGUCGGGGAGCAGGUCGUCGAGCUGCUCGGCGAGUACAUGCUGCUCUGGAGCACCUCGAUCGCCUUCCCCGAGCUGGCCCUGCCCGUCGUCAUCCAGCUCAAGCGCUGGCUCAAGCAGGCCCGGUCCCGGUCAAAGGGCAACAAGAACGCCAAGCUCGCCUCGCAGCUCGCCGUGCUGGUGCAGAAGCUCGAGGCCAACGCAAAGUUCGUCGAGGAGCGCCGCGCAAAGGUCGACUUUGCGCCCCGCGACCGCGCCCAGGUCGACGCCUUCUUGCGCGACUUUGACGUGGCCAAGACGCCGCUUGGGGCUUACGUCGUCGGCCAGCGCAAGGCUAGGGCCGAAAAGGCCAAGAUGCUUGAGGAGGCUAGGCUGGAGGAUGAGAGGAAGAGGAAGGAGGAGGAGAAGGCGGAGGUGGAGGGUGACGACGACGAGGACGGGAACGAGGAUGAGGACGAGGAUGAGGCGAGUGAACCUGAUGAGAUGGCAUCAGGCGAGGACGAGGAAUCAGACGAUGAAUCGUAG